UACAAUCCAGUUGAAACGCACAAGCCCGGUCUCCGUCAACGCCGUGCGGCGCAAUACUGAUUUUUGUUGUUAUCGGUUGAACGGGACUAUGGUGCGCGCCUGGUAUAUGGACGACAGCGAUGCUGAUCAACGAUCGGAACACCACAGGCAGCCGCCGGAAUUCGUGUCGCUGGACAACCUGUUCACUGCAACGGGAGUCGAGUACUUUAAGAUAAAUUAUCUGGAGUAUGAGACGGAUGCUACUUUGAAGGAAUUACGCAAGAAACGCGGUUACACGUAUGAAGAUGAAAUAACGUGCUCCAAAGAAUGUUUACAAAAUUACGAAGAGAAGUUAAAAAAUUUCUUCACCGAACAUCUUCACACCGAUGAGGAGAUACGCCUGGUUCUGGAUGGCUCGGGUUACUUUGACGUGCGGGAUAAGGAUGACCAGUGGAUUCGGAUUGAGGUGACGGCCGGUGAUCUGGUAAUCAUACCCAGUGGAAUUUAUCAUCGGUUCACUCUGGACACCAACAAUUAUAUAAACGCGAAGAGAUACUUUGUGGGAGAACCAGUUUGGCUGCCGCACAAUAGACCGGCUGAGAACAUGGAAUGCCGCAAGCAGUACCUCAAUCGAGUGCAGAAAGGCUUUGAAAUACCUUUUCCUUGAUAACCCUGUGUUAAUUAUACCUAAACUUCCAUGAGAAAAUAUAUUUUAUACAUACAUUUCAGUAAACUACUUACUAUAUCUGAAAUUACCAAUUUAUAUUAUCAUACUUGAAUAUUAAAUAUGUAUGAGAGUGUAUGUUAUAUAAGUACAAAAGUAUGUAAUAAUUUGUAAAUGAACGUAAGGCAGCUGUACAAUUUCUCUUUCAGCAUAUCAAUCUUGUGCAUAUACAUAUAUAUUGUAAUAAAAUCAAAACCCGUUUCAAAUCA